UCACCUGAAAGAUCUACACUAACAUGGAUCAAGAUAUUUAAAGCAAACCUUUCGGGAGUCGAUGGAGUGCAAUUUAAAAGAUUAAAGAAAAUCCAGAUGGGGUGCAGAUGCUGCAAAAUGAUACAAAGCUAUAUUUUUGAUCCAGAAGAAGUACAAUCACCUGGAUGCAUUCACGAAGUAAACAGCUAUAAACACAAUGAGCAAGGCAGCAAUAACCCCAAAUUCCAAGAGAACAGUGAAAUUCCAGAACAUAAAAGUGCACUGCAGAAGGAUGAGCUAAACAGAACAGAAAACCAAAAUCAGGUAAACAGCACACAUGAAACUCUCUGGAAGCAUGGAGGCAAUGAUUUUCAAGAGGAUGGCCUUCUAAAGCGCGUUGCAAAGCCUAAUGUUGCAGUCAAUGGUGGCAGCUCGUGUGCUGGAGUGCACUCUGUAUUCAAUCCCAACACAAACCCAGGGAAAGAAGCCAGUGAACAGGGGACCUCCACCCAGUCAGAGGCUUCCUCAGCCAACAAUAGAGACUUUUACAUCAAAUCAAACAGGUCUGGCCAAGAACUUGACGCAGAGACAAGCAGGCAGAUGAAGGCAGCCUGUGAUGAGCCAAACAGUAUUCAAGAGAAGAAUUUGGGAUCUGCAGAAGACAGUGUUUUCCUCACAGGAAGUGCAAUACUGGAGACACAAAAUAAUGUCGUACAACUGCCGGUUGUUGAUUACCCCCAAAACGAGAACCCAGCCAGGAACUAUGUUGGAAAAGACAGCUUUUCAGUCAGUUGUGGACAUUCACACCAAAACACUUGGCCUUCAGAAAUACAGGACCAGGAUCUUUGUGUAACCCCACCUUCACCUGUGAAGGAAAACAGUAUUGAAUCUUUUAAAACUGACCCCACAAGUCUAAGUGAAGGCAUUACUGCUGGUACCACUGCUGUGGCUGUUAGCAAAGCAGCACAGAUACCCACACACUCCAAUCAUAAAGACUUCAGUGGAGAAACUGAGGAGGAAGAUGCAGAAGUUGCAGCAGCUCUGGCUGCACUGGAAGCUGCCACAGCAGGGGAAGAUCUGGAAGAUGAUGAUGAAUACUAG